ACUUUUCUUGUUUCUUAAGGCCUUUCGUUGAGUACCUGCUGUGUGUGAGGCACCGUGCUGAGUCUCACCCCAUUUCGUCCCCCGUGACUCUGGGGAAGGACCUGCUUAUCUCUGAUUUCUGGAGUUCAGCACUAGACACCAUCAACAGAUGUCUUACGAAGCAUCUAGAACAGCUGAAGGCCCCUAUGGGGAGUCUUUCAGAAGCCCUGGGAAACCUGCAUCUUGGCUUAUCACCGGGUGAGUCAGCUGUGGCCACAGGCUCCAUCCCAGGAGACACCCUGGCCACAGGAAGCUCCCAUUGGAAGUGCGUGUGUUACGGCAUUGGGAACUUUGCCACCUGCGUCAUAGCCAGAAUCCAGCUAACGUUUCUGCUCCUCUUCCUGGAGAAAUGCCACAUCCCGAGAAGUCACUGCUGGGUGUAUGACCCUCUGUUUAGCCCACUCGAAAUUGCAGUUCUUCAGAGCCUUGGUGUGACUGUCCUCAGUGAGAAUGAGGAAGGAAAACGGAACGUUGGUGGUGAGCCCACCAUCUUUUACAUGCUGCACUGUGGGACGGCCCUGUAUAACAACCUCUUAUGGAGCAACUGGUCGGUCGAGGCGCUGUCCAGGGUGGUCAUCAUUGGGAACAGCUUCAGAGGCCUGGAGGAGAGGUUGUUGACAAGGAUUCUGCAGAAAAAUUACCCCUACGUUGCAAAGAUUUUAAAAGGACUGGAGGAGCUUGAAUUUCCUCAGACGUCCCAAUACAUGGACAUAUUUAACGAUACCUCUGUCCAGUGGUUCCCUGUACAGAAGCUCAAACAACUCUCCACGGACACGUGGGCGUUUCGGGAUGAACCCGAUUAUCAGGACUGUGAGGACCUGGAAAUCAUCAGGAACGGGACACAAGAAGCUUCAGCUGCUGACCUGAGCUCGCUGUAACGGGUUCGGGGCUGGCUGAGGCAGCGGCCCCGAGACUAAAGGGAGGGGGUGCCGCGGAGGGGCUGCAGGGCACGCCUGUCUGCAGAGGGCACAUUCCGUGGCUUCCUGCUUAGAGGAGGAUCGCUGCAGCAGGGCGCAGUGGAAAGGUCGUGCGCUUUAAGUCGCUUCCUUGGUGACCUGGCCCGCUAGGGAGUAUCUCCUGAAUAGAGACGCUACUCUGCAA